UAUCAGGAGUUGAAUGGUAAAGCUAGAGAUGCAGUUAUUGUGUUGAUUGAUCAAGAACGCGAGGGUGAGCAGAUUGACAGAGCUUUAUUGAAGAAUGUGCUUGAUAUAUUUGUUGAAAUUGGAAUGGGAGAAAUGGGUUAUUAUGAGAAUGACUUUGAAGAUGCAAUGCUUAAAGAUACUGCGGCUUAUUAUUCCUGGAAAGCUCCAAGUUGGAUCGUGGAAGAUUCUUGUCCAGAUUAUAUAUUAAAGGCAAAGGAGUGCUUGAAGAAAGAGAAAGAUAGGGUAUCUCAUUAUCUCCAUGUUAGUAGUGAGACAAAACUUCUAGAGGUGAGCAUCGGAAUUUGCAUAGCAACUUGUAAUCUUAACUUCUGAAGAACGUUUUUUUUC